AUGCAUAUGGAGAGAAUGGAUGAUAAGACACGAUUUUGCGGUCUUUCUUGGUGUGUACGAGAUACUUGCGGUUUGACAUGCGCUGUCUUCACGUGGUUUCUCAUUUUUUAUGGAGAAUUUUGCAUUCUAACAAUAAUGAUGGCAUCUUGGUCUAAGAAUGUCAUCCAUCAAACAUUCCAUGCUGUUAUUUUCCAUAUUCUGAUAUGCUUGGCAUUCACAUCUCAUAUCAAAACGAUGUUUACUGAUCCCGGCGCUGUGCCGAAAGGUAAUGCUACCGAUGAAUAUAUACAGCGAUUACAAUUCACUCGAAAAAGUGUCAUCUACAAAUGCUCGAAAUGCAGCAGUGUAAAACCGGAACGAGCGCAUCAUUGCAGUGUAUGUGGAAGGUGUGUUAGACGAAUGGAUCAUCAUUGUCCAUGGGUAAACAAUUGUGUUGGUGAAGGGAAUCAGAAGUAUUUUGUACUGUUCACGGUACUGAUGUACAUAGCGUUGUUAUCAAUACAUGCCGCGUAUUGGGGAAUAUGGCAAUUUGUUCUGUGUGUUGGCGGUGAUUGGCAAAAUUGUUCGUUAUUCGGGCCACCAGUUACGGCAAUUCUACUUGUAUUUCUGCUAUUUGAAGCUAUCCUUUUUGCAAUAUUCACACUUAUUAUGUUCAGCACUCAGCUCAAUUCGAUAUGCAACGACCAGACUAACAUUGAAUCACUCAAAAAUGAACAAUACAACUCUGGACGAAAUGGUUGGAAAAAUUUACAAAUGAUCUUUGGUGGUCCAUUUUCGUUACGAUGGUUUAGUCCAUUUGCAGUUCCUUAUAUUA